AUGUCGGCCAGCGUUGCCCAUGCCCAUCCCCAUCAGAGCAGCUUCACCCCGUCGGACAAGCUCGAAGACCAAGCUGCCUCUGCGGCAUUGUCUGUCGCUCGAGACACUCCGACCACCAAGCAUAGCACCUCUUCAAUUCUCGACCAGGAAGGUCGGCUAUCUGCUGCCAGUGCGUCAACCCCGCCCUUGAUCGCCAUCCACAAUCUCCAAACCAUCCCCUCGCAUCCAAUUCGCAAAACUAACUGCCGCUCUCCAGGUGCUGCGCUUUCUCUGAAAUACGCACGAGCUCAAGAUCUUCCCUCAUUUCCUUCCACUGGCGGGGUCAAACUCGCAUCCGCGGGCGCCGCAGCAAGCCUCGCAGAAUCCAACAAGAAAACCAUCCAGACGUGGACUCCCGGCACCAUUCCCCACGCAAAUACGGCUGCGUACAGAGCAAAAGACUAUGAGAUGGAGCCUCUGUGGAAGCCGGAGCUGAGCCGGGCAGGUUCCCAGGCUGCACUGGCUGCUCAUCGCGAUGCUGCUCCCGUAGAUAUCUGGAGGGCUCCGGAAACAGAGGAAGGUCAUUCUGCCGCAUCCUCGGCCUUACAGAAUCCCAAAUCUCCUCCCCCCAUCACCGAGAGAAACGUUUCGAGCGAUGGGCGACAGAAGGCACUCUUGGCUGCAACAGCUUCCUUAAAAGGUGGCAGACGGCGAGCAGAAUCCGCUCCGACACGACCAGCCCCAGCACCGGCUCACUCAGCCUGGGCUAUCAAAGCCGCGACAUCGUCUCAGAACGUGAGACCUCCGUCAUCGCCAACUCCACCGUCAACGAGCGAAUUUUCGGGUGCAGACGCCGCCAGAGUCCAAAACAUGGCCAGAAACAAUGUCUCCAGGCAGAUGUACACAUCCAAUCCGCCAGUCUCAAUAGAAGUUGAAGAGAGGAGAAGGCAAGAUAUGCUACGUGCCUCGGCGGUCGCUAUGGCGAAGAAGAUGUUUGCUAUUCAACAGGCUCAGAUCGAUGAGGCUAGGGGAAUCCACCGUUCACAAAGUCACUACGCUGCAUACACCGCUCGACGACGUGCACAAUCAGACGCUGCAAACCAGCCGACAGUCGACGAAGUGCCACGGUACGAGAACCUAGAAGAAGCCGCCCGAAGAUUGGCUCAGGAGCGACUCGCCAAGUUACACGAUGAACACGCCGAGUAUCGGCAGUACUACGGACAACAGACAGCGCCACCUCGGACGCGACUUACGCUACGACGCGGUCGGCGGACGUCUGACAUUCGAGAAGAUGAUGACUCUGACUUGGAAGAGUCACGCAAGAUCCGGGCCCAAAUGUCUUUGUUUCAGGGCAAGCUCGCCGAGGUCGACAGCAAGAAGCGGCAAGCGGAUCGAGAUGCGUUGCUUGCAGUGGCACACAAGAACGUGACGGCUCGCAUGAAUGCAAUGGACGAAAAGGUGUUUUCCGAAACCGGCAAAACCAGUCCACAACAACGCGAGCUGUGGGAGCGUCAGGCUCGGGAAAGGGCUCAACGUGAAAGUGACGACAGAUUGCUUCAUGUCGGAAAGAUUCAUAUAGGAGGUGGCAAGUACCUCGAGCAGUCUGAGAUUGACGCAAUUGCCAAGGCUCGACUGCAACCAACCCUGGACGAGAUCACCGAAAAGGCCGAGCAGCAAAGGGCCAAGGAUGAGGAGCUUAGACUGGAACAAGAGAGGCUCAAGGCCGAGCAAGAAGCCGAGAAGAAACGGCAGGCAGAUAUCAAAGCAGAACAAAAAGCAGUCGUCGAUCGCGAAAAAGCCGAACAAAGGGCGCAAAAAGCAGAGGAGAGACGAGUUCAGCAAGAGCAGAAACAUGAAGAGAGACGUGUGCGCACAGAACAAAAGGCCACGGAAAAGAAAGCCCGAAAUGAGGCAAGUGCCGCCGAAAGAGAGCGUCGGCGGACAGAAAAGGAGGAAAAGAGAGGCGCUGAACCGGGCAAACCUCGAUUCCUUCCAAGCUUCCUCGGAAGAGGUGCUGUUACAGCUGGAGCUGCGGUAGGUGCGGCAACAGCUGCGGGUGUAGAGGGCGCCGCAGAUGUUAUUGGGGGUGGAGCGAACGCUCUCGCAGGAACGACUGCAAUCCCAGUGACCAUGACGGCUGAAGGGGCCGAAAAGGUCGAACGCGGCGAGCUUGUUGGUGAAACCGUGCAUGAUCAAGUGACCUUGGAUCCAAAUGAAGCUGCCCAUGCUGUGGCUGCAGCAGACGAGGAGCACACUGAACAACCGGUGGAAGAGUCGAGAGUCACUCAGCCGGCAGACGAAGAGAUUGGGCCGAAGGACGAUGUAGGCUCGACCCCGUAUUCCAAGACCACCCCGCCGCAGGAGCCGACAUCUCCAACUUCACCAACCUCACCGACUUCGCCCUCAAAGAGGGAUUCGCGGGUGAAGACCUGGUUCAAGAGAUUCAAGACUGGAAGUAAAUCGGAAAACGUUCUUCCGGAGCAGACCACGGCAGCGGGAGAUGGCAACCAAAACAUUGACACGGUUGGUCAGUCGGCCGAACCUACCAAGGAGGAAGACCAGGCUGGCACGGAUUCGAUCCGAGAUGUUGCACUCGCAGGCCGAAGCGACAACGAGACGGACGACAUGUACGGCGGAUCUGUGAGGCCCUAUGGAAGAGUUUCACCCAUUCCAAAUGAGAGCUCCGUGCCCGGUCCAGCUGUGACUACCGGUGGUGCACAGGAACGAGACGUCAGUCCACCAUCAGACACCUCGUCGCUCAGCGAAGAGCCGUAUGUGAUUGCCGCGGACGUCGCUUCCUCCAGAUACUCGACUGAACAUACCGGGUCGAAACGAGACUCGGGGUUCGAUCAGCUGGCCACAUUGACGGACGAGGACGAGGAACCGCGUGGCAGGAAAGGCUUUCGCGAGAGGUUUCUGAAGAAAGUCAUCCCUGGACGAGAUAAAGAGAAGGAGAAGCAGAAGCCUGGACCGUCACAGACUGCGGCAGGCCCAGCUUCGGCCCCAGCUCCAACCACAGUCACAGCAGACUCUGCAGUUACCGAACCGCAACCACAACCCGAGGCCGAAUCCGCCGAGGCACAAGAGGCAGACGGAACCCACGCCAAUCCAGACGAGCAUAUCCUCUCAGAAACGGAACCUAUGCGUGAAAAGGUGCAGGAACCUUCAACUACAUCCACCGAAGCAACGGCAAACACGACCGUCACAGGCACCACGACACCUGCGUUGACGCACGCGCAGACAAAUGGGGACGAUGACGAAGACUUUGAGGAGGCUAGGGACACUUUCGACGAAGGCCGGCUGGUGAGUGCGUCAAAAGUCGACAGCGGGGCCGCGAGGCUGGUCGAUGUCGGGGGGCCGACGAGUGGAAAGAAGAGUGAAGAGAGGGCCAGGGAGGGAAGUAGGUUCACUGAGGAGUUGUAA